UCUUGCUACGGAUCUAGGUUUUCAUUUCAGUUUGAAAUUUAAAGCAGCUAAGGCAACUCAUAAGAGUAAUCUAUGCAUCUAAUAUUUUAUAUAUAUUUUUUCUGUAAAACUUUUUAGAGAAUCUGCUCAAGAUGACUUUCGUUGGCGAUGGACUAAACAGUCCGCGUAAGCAGGGCGGCGGAAUGGAUUGCUCGGAGGAUUCCCUGUUUCCCGAUAAAUAUCACAUGCGAAAUACCCGAGUCCUGAAUGUUUCCAUGGCCAAUAUCACCGGAUUGCCAAUGGAGGUUUUAGAAACGGCUCGUCAGGAGCUGGUAAAUGUUGUAAACCUAGACGGAAAUCUGCUGAUCGAGUUGCCUCAAGACCUGCACAUGCUGAGCGAACUCCUCACUGAGCUGGUCCUCUCCAGAAACCAGAUCUCCUAUGUGCCCACAAACAUAUCGCAGUACUCGAAGCUCGCGGUUCUUAACCUAUCCUGCAAUCUGCUCUGUGAGCUGCCCAUGGAGCUAGCCGGACUGCAGCUGCUCCGGGAGCUGGACAUAUCCCACAAUCGCUUCGAGCUUUUGCCACGCUGCAUCUACGAGCUACAGAGUUUGGGCAAGCUGGUGGCCAACGACAACCGCAUCAAGGACAUCGAUGCCAGCGACCAAGGACUGGGCGCCAUGAUAAACCUGCACACCCUGAUUCUGAACAACAAUGACAUCCAAAUGGUGCCGCCCCUCCUGGGUAAUCUGACCAAUAUUAAACAGCUGGAGCUGUGGGGCAAUACCUUCCGUCUGCCGCGCCACCAGGUCCUGGCGAUGGGAACAUUGGCGGUGCUGGCCUACUUACGUACACGCAUUCCUGCAUAAAUCAGACAAUUAUAGUAUUGCCAAAUUUCAAUUCAUAGACAAUUUAAAACAAAUUUUUAAGUAUUGACAAAUAAACGAAGGCCGCAGGCUUUGUAUUUUUCAACGCUA